AUGGCCGCGACACGACUCAGCAACGAGCAGCAGCAAGAGGACAAGCAACCCUCGCUUGCCUUCCACGACUUUUUCCCUUCCACAGACACUGCCACCUUCUUUGACAGCAUCUAUCAGCAUGACACCUUCGUGGACUCGCAGCCGCACGGCAACGCCCCUCAGCUGCUGUCACCGACCAUGCGGGAUGUCGUUGCUCCACUUGCUGAUCCCCAUGCACUUUGUCAGCACCACUUUUCUCUGGACGAAGAGCAGCGCAAACCCAAAUCCAAGCACACUGCUCCUUUCCAGAUCAAGGAGCAAGGCGAGACGCGGCAGGUGUCGUCAUGCAAGCAGAUGGAGGACGAGCUGGCUGCCGGUGCUGGUUUGCUCAUCCGCUACGAGGACCUCGUGGACUCCCCCGCCCAGGACCACGUCAAGCAGCUGCAGGACGGCGUGCGCGACGUGUUUGGCACAGAGUCCACCGUCCACCUGUACCACGCCACGCAGAACGAGUCGCGCGCCCUCAUGCCGCACACAGACCCCUACGACGUCCUUGUCAUCCAGCUCCACGGCUCAAAGCGCUGGACAACCUGCAUCCCAGACGCAUACGUCUCCGACACCGACACCAACAACGACGGCAGUGGCACCAACGCAGAGGACGACGACAACACCAACACCGGCACUGGCGACCACGGUGCUUCUGCUUCUGCUUCUGCUUCUGCGUCGUCUUCCUUCCCAAGCCACCAUGGCACACGCGCACGCCCAAGUGAGGCAGAGACCAUCAAGCACUUCAACCCUGCGCAGCUGGGCCAGCUGCAGGAGAUCCGGCGCCAGAAGCAAGAAGGGUGCACGCGCUACGAGGACAGAGACCUGCGUGGCAUGCGCUGCACCGAGUUCACGCUGCGUGCCGGCGACACCAUGUACAUGCCCAAGGGCAUCAUCCACUUUGCGCUGUCGGGCGAGGAGGGCUCGUCACAUCUCACCAUCUCGCUGGAGCGCAAGGGCCUGGCGUGGGCCGAUGCGCUCAUGCACGCGGCGCUCUCUGGCUCGGACAUUGUGGACACCCGGCGUUCCUUGGUCACUGGAGAAAACACGGUGCAGUCGCUCCUGCAGCAGCACGGCGAUGGCAGUGCAGCUGGCGGCGAGCGGGAUGAGGUGAAGGCAUUUGUGGCGUCGUUCCAGUCGCUGUGUCGCGAGGUUGGACCCGAUGUGCUUGAGACGUACACCAAGGCCAACGACCUGGAUGCGUUCCUGAAUGCAGACGGCAUUGGCGCGCUUGUUGAGCGCGUGUGCAGCGAGGAGUCGGCCACUGCUGUUGUGGAGCAGCUGUGCGCACGCGGCAAAAUGCCCGUGGACGUGACGUCGCCCCGCUUCCGCAAGAUGCGCGUGCCGCAGAUGGCUCGCACGAGGCGCAAUACUGUCACUACCUCCUACAACUGCACAAGUGGCUGCGACGAGAACUGCAACAGGUUCACGUGCCAGUGCGAUGAAGGCUGCACCACAACGUGUAACGAGGGCUGCACAGACUGCAAUGAAAGCUGCGAUGGUCAGCAGUGCGAUUCGAGCUGCGAUUCGAGCUGCGACGGCGAAACGUACGUCUGCCGUGCCAUUGACAGCCUGUGUAACACAGGCUGUGAUGCAAGCUGCGACAGCACACAAUGCUACGGCAGUUGUGAUAUUUGCAUCGGCUGCACCAGUGGAUGUGAUGACAGCUGCGACAAGUCGUGUGAUGCCUCCUGUGACUUGGUCGUGUUUUCUUGUGACUCUGGAUGUGAUCAAAGCUGCGAUUCAGGCUGCGACGACAACUGCAACAACUGCUACGCCGGCUGUGAUUCCAAUUGCAUUCCAACGGACUGUGACGCCGACUGCGACGGAACAUGUGCCUGCGACACGUCAUGUGAUGGGCCUUGCAACAGUGGCUGUUCGACGACCUGCAACACGGGCUGCGAUGGCUGUCCUGACUUGAGCUCCUGCACAGGCAGUUGCGACGAAGGCUGCUCUUGCAACCCUGGCUUUGCCGGCUCGGGCCAGGCCUGCGAGGCGUGCCCAACCGGCACAUACGCAAGCUCGUCUGGCCAAUCAACCUGCACUCCUUGCUCUUCCUGCCCCUCUGGUCAGUACCGCGUCAACUGUGGAGGCAGCAGUGCCGGCACGUGUGGCGCUUGCCAUGCCUGUCCGCCUGGCGAGCAGCGGGUUGGAUGCGAAGGAACCAACGCUGGCACGUGCGCAGCCUGCCCUUCAGGAACUUACAAAUCGACACAAGGAAACGGCGCGUGCUCAUCUUGUCCUGCGUGCGACCCUGGCUUCACGCGCGUGGAGUGUCAGGGAACAAGUGCUGGCCACUGCGUCGGCACAACCUGCGAUGUGCCGCCAUCCUCCUCCAACACGGCUGUGUCCGUGUCCAAUGAUGGCAUCUACCCAAGCACCGCCACAUACACGUGCAGUGCCGGCUAUGAGCUUCAAGGCUCCAACACCCUCACGUGCUCUGUGUCGGGGGACUGGGAAGGUGAUGUACCCCAAUGUGUUGGUGUGGAAUGUGAUGGUAUCCACGUUGACAACGGCAUCGUCACUCCGUCCGGAACCAUCAACUACCCGAAAGUUGCAGCUUUCUCGUGCAGCACUGGGUACGUGCUGAUGGGAGCGACGUCUGCGCAGUGCCAGGCGGACGGCACGUGGUCGUCGCCCGCACCGACAUGUGUUGGGCGGCUGUGCACCCUGCUGGACACCCCAAACCACGGCAGCGUCUCGUACACAAACAACCGCCAGUACCCGUCCACAGCUACAUACACGUGCCAGGCUGGGUAUGAGCUGAGCGACACGGGGGAUGCGCAGCGCAGCUGCAUUGCCAGCUCGGGCGGAUUUGGCGGCACGGCGCCAUCGUGUGUGGGGGUGCUAUGCAACCCACUGGGCGACCCGCAGAACGGGCACCUGCGCCUGAGCUCGACGCCAGCGCGGUACCCGGCGACGGCGGAGUUCUCGUGCGUGCCCGGAUACGAGCUUGUUGGGCAGGCGCAGCUGUCGUGCAAGACGGACAAGACGUGGUCUGCGCCUGCGCCGACGUGCCGUGGAGUGCUGUGCACGGCGCCGAGCAUUGACCACGCGCAGGUGUCGGCGACAUCUGGGCGGUACCCUGCUGAUGCGAGCGUGACGUGUGCACCUGGGUAUGGGCUGGUUGGCGCGUCGACGCUGUCGUGCCGCACGGACGGGACGUGGGGCGAGCUGCCCUCGUGCCAGCUGUGCCCGGCCAACUCGUAUGCGCCGUCGCCGACACAGCCGUGUGCUUCGUGCCCUUCUGGCACGUCGACCAACGGGCAGACGGGUGCGACCAAGUGCGAGUGCAUUGCUGGACACGAGCCCAGCGGCGACGGAAGCACCUGCGUUCCCUGCCAAGCCAACCACUUCAAACCGGACUUUGGCUCCGUGUCGUGCCAGCAAUGCCAAUCUGGGUUCCAGACUGAGAACGGCGACUUUACCCGCUGCGUCGGUGUCCCUUGCGACCCCGUGCGCGACAUUGAGAACGGCGACCCAGAGAACACCAUGAUGCACCGGUACCCGGCCACUGUGUCGUAUGAGUGCGACACGGGGUUCCAGCUUGUUGGCGAUGUCAGUUCCAUUACCUGCCAGACAGAUGGCACGUGGUCUGCGCUUCCCUCGUGCACCUACAUCUGCGGCGAUGACCUCGUUGUUGACGGGGAGGAGUGCGACGACGGUGGUCACAACAAGACCGUGGGAUGCUCGUCCACGUGCCAGCUGGAGCGCCUUCAUUCAUGUGUUGAUGGCAGCACCGCUGCGUGCGUGUACUGCAACUUCACGUCGCGGCCGGAGCGGCUGGUGCUUGCGUGCGACGACCCCAUGCUGGACACAAAGGUGCAGACGUGGGCAGACGCAACCGGCAACGCAGAGGUGCUGGACCACGAGCACUGCGGCGACCCCUCACUGUCGUACGUUGCGGGGAAGCCGCGCGGCACGGUGCCUGGCUGCUAUCACAAAGUGUACGCAUUCACAGCUGUGUUCGAUGGCGGCCAGGUGAUGGAGACAGUAGCUGGUGUUGUGCGCGUGUACGACGACACCAAGCCGACGUUCCAAGACCCGCCGUCAUCCACAACAGCAGACUGCCACAGCGUCCCCGCCUUUGCGGAUGUGUCGGCAUCGGACACGUGCAUGACGUCGUCGCCCGCAGUGAGCAAGCAGGAGGUGCGGACAGACGGGGCGUGCCCGUACGCAUACACGCUGACGCGGACGUGGACAACGCAGGACGCGUGCGGCAACGAGAACGCGGCGACGCAGGUUGUGACGGUGCAGGACGUGACCAAGCCGACGUUCACCACGCGGCCCACAGACCGGGUGCUGGAGUGCUCUGCGGACGUGGACGCGGACAUUGAGGCGCUGCGCAUGAAGCACGUGGACGCAGCAGCAUCGGACCUGUGCUCCGACACGCUGUCGUUUGAGACGGUUGAGACGGCGCGGGACCUGAGCGGGUGCGGCAGCACGGGCCAGGUGUCGCUGAAGGUGACGGUGACCGACGAGUGCGGCAACCCGCAGGAGGAGACGGUGACCGUCGACGUGGUGGACAAGACAGCCCCAGUGCCCGUGAACGUGCCUGCGGAUGUGACGGUGGAGUGCUCUGCGAUCCCGCCCAUUGCAGAUGACGUGCAUGCGAGGGACGCGUGCGGGCUGCGGCGCGUGAAUGCGACGGCGAGCGAGGAGCGGCAGGACGGGCCGUGCCCGCACAGCUACGACCUGCUUCGCACAUUCACGUUUGUGGACGCGUGCGACAACCCGGUGAGCAGGACGCAGCGGGUGACGGUGCAGGACACGACGGGCCCCGUCAUCACGCGGGACGCCGACGACCUGGAGCUGGAGUGCAGCGCAGAGCGCAACGACGCCACGAUUGCGGCGUGGCUGGCGGUGAACGGCGGCGCGCAGGCCAUGGACGCGUGCAGCGGCGUGCACACGCUGACGUGGACGCACGACUACGACCCGCAGUACUACGAGGUGUUCCCUGGCGGCUGCAGCGUGGGCACCGGCCAGGUGCUGGUGACGUUCACGGUUGCGGACGAGUGCGGGCGCACCAGCACGGUGAACGGCAGCAUCAAGAUUGUGGAUACGCGGGAGCCCGCGUUUGUUGCGCCGCUGCCGCCGCUGACGGGGGCGUGCGACGCGGUGCCGCAGGCGACGGUGCCGCAGGCGUACGACAACUGCACGGGGGAGGUGACGCCGACGCAGACGACGACGCGGAUGGACGGCGACUGCCCACACCAGUACCACCUGAUCCACUCGUGGGUUGCGGAGGACGAGUGCGGCUGGACAACGACGACGCAGCAGACGGUGACGGUGACGGACGCUGCGGCGCCCACCAUCACCAAGCAGAGCGCAGACAGGACGGUGGAGUGCUCGGUGGCGGACAACGAGGCGCAGCUGGAUGCGUUCCUGGCGGAGCACGGCGGCGCGCAGGCGACGGAGGUGUGCGGCGGCGUGACGUGGCUGUACUCUGACGUGGACACGGUGCUGGAUGUGGCGCAGGGCGCGUCUGGGGACGUUGUGAAGCAGGACGGGUGCGGGACGACGUUUGCGGCGACGGCGCACUUCUAUGCUGUUGACGAGUGCAGCAACGCGGCGAAGACGACGGCGACGUUCACUGUGCAGGACACGCUGGCGCCCGUGCUUGACACGCCGCCGGCGGCGUCAAUUGACGCGUCGUGCGAUGCGGUGCCCGCGCUGAGGAACAUCAGCGCAACGGACAUGUGCGCGGGCGCGCUGGUGGCUGUUGCCAGCGAGGAGCGGCUGGACGGGCGGUGCACGCACACGUACACGCUGUCGCGGACGUGGAUGGUGCAGGACCCGUGCGGGCACAUGACAACCAAGUCGCAGCUGGUGCACGUGGACGACAGCGCGGAGCCCGUGAUCACCAAGGAGGCGGAGGACCUGGUUGUGGAGUGCAACGCGGAGACGGACAGCGUGAUUGCGGCGUGGCUGGAGGCGCACGGCAACGCGGCGGCGGCAGACGCGUGCGACCGGGAGCUGACGUGGCAGCACGACUUUGAGAGCGUCAAGUACCUGCUGCAGUACGGGUGCGGGUCGAACGCGGUGAACGUGACGUUCACGGUGAUGGACGACUGCGGCAACGCGGCUGAGACGCAGGCGCGUGUGGUUGUGCAGGACACGACGGCGCCGUUCUUCACGCAGCUGCCGAGCGACGACCGCGCGGAGUGCGACCCGACGACAAACCAGAACACGCUGGAUGUGUUCCUGGCGGCGUACGGCGGCGCGCGGGCGUCUGACGUGUGCGGCGGCGUUGUUGGGCAGGACGUGGCGUGGUCGUACGCGGUGGACCUGCAGACGGUGUGCGGCAACGCGUACGACAGCGUGGUGACGUUUACGGCGACGGACCACUGCGGCAACAACGUGAGCGCGACGGCGACAAUGGCGUUUGAGGACACGCAGAAGCCCGUGAUCAAGCUGCGGGGCGCGGAUCCGCAGCUUGCGCAGGUUGGGUUCCCCUGGCUGGACCCCUCUGUGGACCUUGCUGCGGACCGGUGCCACCAGGAGCUGACGCCGUUUGUUGAGGUGGUGAACCCGCCCAACACGACGCAGGUCGGCAACGUGACGGUGUUCUACCGGGUUGAGGACGCGUGCGGGUAUGUUGGGCUGGUGAACCGCACUGUGUACAUUCGGGACACGCUGCCACCAACGUUGGAAGUGCUGGGUGCCAAACGGAUGUACGUGUCGGCUGGCAGCUUGUUCCUGGAUCCUGGCGCCGCUGCCACAGAUGCAUACUCACGCGGCACGGACAUUGUCACGCACGCCUUUGAUGGUGGCGUGGACAUUGGCAGCGUGCGGAACGCAGCACUCGAUGGGAACCGUACCUCCUUCACCAUUGUUUAUCGUGCUGCUGACCUGAGCGGCAACACUGUGCUGCGGUAUGGCAGGCACGUGCGCGUGUUGCCGCCACCGUCGCCUCUGCUGCCAGCAACUGCGCAGGUGUCACUGCACUUUUCCCGCAGCAUCGUGCUGUCUGCAGAAGCAGGAGACGAUGCACCGUCUUCUGGGGAACCCACGCCGUCCGAAGGGUCGCCAGCGUUCACAUAUACGCGCCUGGUGACGCCUGUAGCGGACGCAGACUCCGGCAGCGUCACGCUGUCCGUAUUUGAAGCAGAAGGCCUGUCCACUUUGCUGGGUGGUGAGGUGCAUGGUGUGCAGGUGGAGGAUCCGAGCACGACGCUGAAGGAGGUGGCGGUGGUCCUUGGUCCCGUUUCUCCAGACGUGGUUGCAUCCGCGCGGGCCUCAGACGCCAUCGAAGCCAUGUCCACCCCCGUGCGUGUGCGGUCGUUUCACGGUUCCGUGCGCACUGCUUCGGGCCAGUGCAGUGGCAAGAGCGGCGUGGAAGAUUCACUGGCGCGCGUUGGACGCAGGCUGGUGUCUGCUCAGUGUGACGGCUGUCUGUGUAUCUUCACCACGAACGACCCUGCCCGCACGCUGACGAGCUCCGUUGCGUUUGAUGCCAUGGCUCUGGAGCAAACUGUGCAGCACCUGGUCACUGUGCAGUCGUCGACAGGGUCUGCCUUGAACCUUGUGACGCUUCGCCUUCGCCUGCAGCAGCUGGGGGUGGUCCCCGUCCGCCUUGUGCACAAGAAUCAAGGGCAGGCCCAGGUCAUGUUUGUCGCGCGCACACCGCUGCCUUCGCACGAAGACCUUGAUCAAAUUGCGCGUGUGACGCUGGUGAGCAACCAGCCCAUUGUCGGCACCCGCAUCACUGCUGAUAUUCACUCGGACACCAGCAACGUCACCAUUCUCUCCCGCCUGUACGCCCUUGGCAUCGUUCCAGACUCCAUGCAACUAGUGAGCUCUGAGAACGGCACAUCGACGACGCUGACGCUGACGACCAACAAUGACGUGACUAAUCGAGCGGAGCGUGAGCUCGCUGACAACACUGGAUGGAUUCACUCGCUUCUGUCCAUCUCGUACGUUUACCCCGGUUCGAUUGAGGAACCCCUGUGGCCCUUCAACUACACCAUCACCGGUCGCAGCAACGUGACGCAAGACGAUGUGCGCGAUGCCAUUACAACGACGCUCACGCACGCAGACGCCGUGUUUGUGAUCCGUGGGUGCGAGGCCCGCGUGUGCACCGUGUCCACAAACACACCACUGCUGCACACGACACUGCAAGCCCUGCGCGGCCAAGGCGCCAUCUUCGAAGCUGCGCUGACGGUAGACGUAUCCAUAGAGUCUGAGCUCAUCAGCUCCCUCGAGGAAAACCUCUCACUCCUGCUCCCAUAUCCAGCAAACCGCAUCUCUGUGUUCCGUUCCAGCGCAGGCCCACAGCAUCAGCAGCAGCGGAGGAAGCGCGAACUCACCGACAUUGCUGUGACUGUCUCGUUCACUGCACAAGAGGAUGCAUCGCUGGUGACGGCGGUGCCUGAGGAAGGGUACGAAGUACCCCGCUCCAGGUACCUGCUUCGCUUCCGCGUGAAGAACGCGGCGUCCUCCGCAAACGCGCGCGAAAAGGCGCUGGUUGCCCUCAAUGCCUUGUCCAUUGCUGCCGUUGACGUGACCGCUGCCGGCGAUCAGGUGACGGCGGUGACGGUCUCGUACGAGAGCGACGAUCGACUGGACCAGUUCCGAGCACACGCGAACAUCAUCUCAUCAAGUGUGCUGCAGCAGGUCAGCAUCGACUCUCCGCUGAGCAUCACUGACGCCGUUGCAGCCACGACGGACCUUGCCAAUUCGGGCGAGCUGUACGGGGUUGUGCACGGCCGCAAGCUUGUUGUUGUGUCCACCACUUCCACCUUCAAUCCCAACCCGACCACGACCACGACCACGACAAACCCAUCCGUCACCGUGCAGCCAGGGGCAUCCACCAGUGGUGGGGAGGCGUGGCAGAUUAGCGUCGGUGUGAUUGGCGCACUGCUGCUGAUUGUGGUGUUGGUUGCGGUUAUUCUUCGUCAUCGCCGACGCCAAGCCAAGCGCACUCUCGCAAACACCACAGUCCUACAACACCGCACCGUGUCCUACGAGAACCCAGCUUACUCAGGCUCCAUGACGACGACUGAGAACCCGUACACGAUGUAUGAUGAUCUUGGUACAAUUGGCGAUGCGCAAUCGACAGACUACGCCGAGCUCCCUCCGCCGUCAGUGCGAAACGGCCGCUUGCUCAGCAACCCACUGUACGAGAGCGGCCCGACGCUGAGCGACGACGGCGACGGGUACCUGUCUGUGGACGGGACGGGCGCAGAGUCAUCCCCAAGCGCAUACGAGGAUGACGUUGACGAUGGAUACAUGGUGGUGCGGGGCACGGGAUUGGACGAUGGCAAGACGGACGCGUGAGGACCCAUUGUUUCUUUUGCUCGAUUGCUGGCUGUUUUGGCUGUUCUGUGCAAUAGAGAUGUUAGUGGUGUUCUGUGUUGACUUGUUCGUCUUCACGCAUGCGAUGUGGCGAUGUUGUGCUUGCUUCUUGCCUGUUUAGCUCUCUGCCUUGUUAGCGCAGUGUUUCGUUACCCCCUGCUUUAGUUGUUACUUGCUUGUCUAGCAGCCACACUGUUGUUAUUGUUGGAUGAUAAUACACUGCUUUGACUGUGA